GUUAUUCAGUAGAGCCAGGCGAAAGAGUCAAUGGGCGAGGAAUUGAAUUAUUUCCCGCCGUCUAAACAAAUCUGUAUUUAAGUCCAGGUGUACGACUUUUCAGUAUCAUAUCAGCAUAUGGAUCAGGAAACGGAGAAAGAUUUUAUUGACGUUGGGACUUAAUUUGCUGACGGUAAAAUAUCAUGAACAGAAACGAUGAGGAAGGGGAAACAAGAUAAAGCUAUUUGUCAAAUAAUGUUUUACAUCAUCUUCACGACCAUUGUUUGCUUCACCACGAACAACGUCAUCCUUGGAGUGUCCGCGGACAGAGGGGCCUGGAUAGGAGGGAAUAUUUUCUGUCAGUUAUUUGCCUACUUCAGCAAUUCUUUGAUUUCCUUUACAAUACUGGCAUCAACUCUGGCAACAUUUGAAAGAAGGUAUGCUGUGAUUGACCCCGACAAACACCUACAGGUGUUUACACCAAUCAACAACAAGCUACUGUUGGUCGGGUUUUACAUGCUGGCGGUCCUUCUUUGUGCUGGGCCUCUCUAUGGCUGGGGAGAAUACUCAAAUUUCAAAGGGGUUAUGAAAAUUCUGAUCUCAGUUACCUUGGAGAAGAACACGACAGAGAUCAGUACUGAGUUACGUCAGAACGCGACACUCAGCAGCAUCCUGUGUCAACAGAUGAAUGGCACACAAUACAACACACUACAGGAUCUCUCCAAAAGGCUGGAAUCUACUAUACUUCAAGAGUGGCAGAAAAUCUACAGUCGCUCAGUGAUGAAUAACUGCAAAACUGGUCAAAUAAUGCUUCUUCUCAGAGCUGAAAAUACAAAUAUUGCUGACAUCCUCUCACAGGCUGUUUUAUCCAGUCGUUUUGAUGACGUUAUCAUGGAGAGAGCUAUGAAUGAUUCCGUGGGUUUAGAGACUGGUUUACUGAUGAAAUCGUCCUUGGAUAGACAUGAAUAUCAGUCUUAUAGAGACGCUUAUAUCUCUUUCCAAAGUAUCGGAGUGUGUACACUAGAUUUCUCCCCCACUAACGACUACGUGCUCUCCUCGACUCUUUACAUGCUGUGUACCACCGUUCUCGCACCUUUACUGCUGAUGGUGAUGAAUACAUUGAUUAUAUUCAAAUACAUAAAGUGCCCGUAUUAUUCACUCAAUGAUGACGUCACUUACCUCAAAAGCGUCAACUAUGGAGGCAUAGCAACGGCAUUGUGUUGUGUACCAUAUUAUGUCAUCAACUUCAUGAAUAUGCAUGGGAUAGUGAUUUACAGGACACUGAACAUUUUUUGUACCGCAAUGUUUUAUAAUGCUUCGCUUUGCGUAACAGUGUCGUUUUUGAUUGAUUAUAUUUUUAAAUCAUUUAAAAAGAGGUCAACAGGACAGCCAUUAAUGGAAACAACAGAACUUCAGAGUAUUGUAGAAUCGGCUGCCGAGUAAAAUCAAUGACUAGCACCCUCUAGAUGUCCAUCGCAGGAAGCAAUUGAUCCCGUACCACAGCACAUCGUGGUGAUUUAACGUUAAUUAAUUUCAUUACCUUCAUUUACAACCCAGUUCGUCGAUUAUAUGCAACAAUAAUUAUACAUAUAGACAAGUUUCACAGUUUAUUUCCAUCAUUAUCAAUCAAUGAUGCAAUGGUUGUUCUACUAUUGUACCCAUAAGAAGUUUUGUUGUUGCUACUUAAUUUUUCAUACGACUUAAAUUGCGUUUUGAUUGUAUUGAAUUGUAAUAUUAUUUGUUACUGUGUGCGCUACAUGCUUAACUUUUAAUUGUAAACAGCCUAGUUAAUCUCUCUCUCUCUCUCUCUCUCUCUCUCUAGAUCUGAAAGGAUACAUUAUUUUGAAAGGAAGUCAGAGACCAAUAAACCUAUGCUAUGCAAUUUUCCGCCUAGACUUCUGUUCUUCGAAAAAAAAUUCUGUAAAUCGACCAUAACACUUUUCUUUUUCCGUAAUGAGCUAUACUGUAUGUUAUCCUACAUGUAUGUGUGAAAAUGUGGUUUCUCUUUUAAAAGGUUUGAGUACCUGUAUAUAAAUGACCUCAAUUUUGAUAUUGAAAUAAAUGAAAUAUCUUGUUUUGAACAU